CGGACACCCUCAGUGUAGUUUUUGAAGAAAAUGGUUUGAUCGAUCUCGUCCGUUGUUGUAUUGAGGUUAAUUAAGUGCACGAGAGCCAAAGAAAAUUGGAAUAAAUUGAGCUAUUUUAACAGAAAUUAUGGUUUCACUACUGGCAAAACAGUUUUUAGUAAGUAUUUUGAGGUAGAAAAUGGAUUGUAGAGCGGAUAGGCUGCGCAAAAUCAAUCCUAGGGAGAAUGCUAGCUGGUUAUCAGUUUUAACCUUUUUUUUCGCGCUCAAGAUUUUUAGACAGUUUCCUAGAGAAAAUGUUAAAGAUGCCGAUGUUUACCAAAUACUCAAGUCGUUUGGUUCGGAAGAUUUGGGGAAUGAGUUGGAGGCGGCGUGGAGGACCGAGAAAAAAAGUGGAAGGAAUAUCUUCAUGUAUGCGGUGAUUAAGUUGUUUUGGAAGAAAUUUCUCUUUUGGAUAUUCGGGGUGACUGUAAUAGAUACAGCAAUAAUGAUUAUUUACCCGUUGUUGUUAGGGAAGUUGGUAUCAUACUUUACACCGAACUCCAAAGUAACGUUACAUGAUGCAAUUAUUUAUACAACAGAAUUACUUGGUCUAAUACUGUUGUACACUUUCUACAUACAAGCAUACAUCCUAUACAUAUCGGAACUUGGUCUGAAAGUGAAAGUUGCAUGUUCAUCACUGAUCUAUAGAAAGUGCCUGAAGUUGAAUGUUGCCUUAUCGAAACACAACGUUACUGGAUUGGUGCUAACAGUGAUAUCGAAGGACAUUAACCAUCUAGAAUAUGCAAUUGAUAUUGUUAUUUUGAUGGCGUCAGGCAUUUUUCAAGCUGGCAUUAUGAUAUAUAUGAUGUAUGCUGAAAUUGGGGUUGCAGCUUUAUGUGGUGCUUCAGUGUUGUUCGUUUUACUGCCUCUUCAGGUGUAUUUGGGAAAAUGGACGGCGCGAUUUCGACUGAAAACUGCUGCGAAAACCGAUGAGAGAGUGAAGAUCACCCAGGAAAUGUUAACCGCAAUUCGGAUCAUAAAAAUGUAUACUUGGGAAAAGUUCUUUGGCAAAACAGUUAACCAGUUACGGAAGCGCGAAAUCAAGGAUUUGCGAAUUUUGUUUUAUAUCAAGGCCAUUGCGUUGUGUUUCGGAUUACUUUCCUCGCGUUUCGCCUUUUACAUAUGCGUUAUGACAUACAUUGCUUUGGGUAAUCAUAUAACGGCCGAAAAGGCCUUCAUUGUAACUGCGUGCUUCGGUGCCCUGAGAGCUGUUCUGUCCACCUUUAUGCCGCUGGGUAUCGCUCAAAUGGCGGAACUGAAAGCAUCGCUAUAUCGAAUUACAAACUUUCUCAUGAUGGAAGAAGUACCUGGGAACGAGAAUCUGUGCGAAGUUAAGGAACCGAAAAUCUGUGUGAAGGAUGUAACCGUGCAAAAUUCAAGUGGGGCCGCGAUCUUGGAUAAAAUCAGUAUUAGCGUUUCGAAAGGUUUGACAUUGGUGAUUGGACCAACCGGUACUGGAAAGUCAACUUUGCUGAAACUGCUACUUGGUGACGUCACAAAAGCGGAAGGUGAAAUAGAGAUGUGCGGGGAGGUGUCUUACGCCUCUCAAGAUCCUUGGCUGUUUCCCGCGACGGUUAGGCAAAAUAUUAUUUUCGCAGAAGAGUUCGAUGAAAAGCGUUAUCGGAAAGUGAUCGAAAUUUGCGCAUUAGAACACGAUUUUGACGCGUUUCUGAGUGGUGAUCAAACGUGUGUUGCUGAUCACGGAUUAAAUCUCAGCAAAGGUCAAAAAGCGCGAAUAAACUUGGCGAGAGCCAUUUAUAAGAAAGCCGACAUUUACUUAUUGGACGACUGCUUGUCGUCAGUCGAUAGCUGUGUAGCCCAACAUAUUUACAAUGAGUGCAUAAAAAGGUUUUUGAAAGAUCAUCUGUGCUUGCUUGUGACGCACAGUGCGUUGGCAUUAGAUGACACGGAUCAUGUACUUACUUUAAGCAAUGGACAAUUGAAAUUCCAUGGUGACUUUAGUAGUUUUAAAAAAUUGAAUGACGUUAAUUCAGUGCUCCGUUGCAACAAGCUAGACGAACCCCAAACGCUUAAUAAAGCAGGAGAUUUUAAUGAUGCUUGUGACGCCGACGAAUCGUCUUUACUGCUUCAGAGUAGAGGAGAAGUUCCAAAUCUCUACGAAGAAAGCAAUCGCGAAGGGCAGGUCGACAAAGCAGUUUACUAUGCAUACUUUGUUUCCGGUGGCGGCUUGAAGAUGUUCUUGAUAGUUGCUCUUUGUUCAGUAGUCGCCCAAGCCACAUCUAGUUGGUCGGAUUAUUUCGUCAGCUUUUGGGUAGACAUGGAACAAGAGCUCUCUGGAUUUCGUUUAAACCAAACCACAAAUUCGACAGAGUACCAAAAAUUAGAAGAAUCUCACGACAACGUUAUGCGAUUGUACUCAUUUGUGAUGCUGGGUACAGCAAUAUUUACAAUACUUCGGGCUUACACGUUUUACACCUUCAGUAGCAAAGCGUCUACGAAUAUACACAAUUCGGUCGUAGAUCGCAUUUUGAACACUGGAAUGAUGUUCUUCGAUAAUAAUUUAUCCGGAAGUGUACUUAAUCGAUUUUCCCGGGAUUUGGGAAUCAUAGACGAGCAAAUGCCUAACGUCCUGUUUGAAUGUAGUAGUGUAAGUAUUGACGCAAUUUUUAUUAUUAUUAUUAGCAACAUAUGA